AUGGCCACCUCGAUUGUGAAUCUCGACAAGUUCGCCAACUUCGAUGUCAUUCAGACCACAUAUAAGAAAGUCCAUGACCAUGAGAUCCGAGCGGACUUUGUGAUCCCCAAAUUCAAGUCCACUGGAAAGCGACCGGUGAUUGUCCGCUUCCACAGUGGUGGCUUGGUAUGCGGGGAUUCCCUCAUGAAAGAAUGGUUCCCCACGUGGCUACUGGAGCUGGCGGCGAAGCACAACGCGGUCAUUGCUACCGCUAACCACCGACUGUUGCCAGAGUCCAGCUCCACGGAGAUAUGCGAGGAUGUUGAGGAAUACUGGACUUGGUUGCACUCGUCGACCGUGGCGGACCUGCUGUCUUCUUCCGUGAACCCGACAGAGCUUGAUUUCACCCGAGUCCUCAGUACCGGUGAAUCCGCCGGCGGUCUGCUGAGCAUCAAUCUUGCACUGUCGCAUCCCGACGAAUUCCGAGCCGCUAUGGGCAGUUAUCCUGCACUCGACAUGGCGUCAGCACAUUUUGGUGGACCGAGCCCGCCGCCGCUAGAGCCGCCUCUUCCGGCGACGUUGGUGCGUGAUCAUGAAAGCAAGAUUCAACCGGGGGAUGUCGUUUCGACUGGAUUUUCACUUGAGCGUUUCCAGUUGAUGAUGGCUGCCAUCCACUUUGGAGAUCUCAAACGAAUUUACGAGCGCGGGACGGAGGGCCAGCCACGGGGCCGCUUCUAUCCCCUUGAAAAGCUAGAUGAGCCAGAUGUCAAGCUUCCCCGGGGUGGUAUCACGAUCAUGCAUGGGAGACAGGAUACAAUUGUUCCUGUAGACGGCGUGGAGAGGUUUGUGCAAAAGGCUCGCGAGGUGGCUCGGGGGCAGCAGGCAGAGGGUAAGAUCGCUUUGACAGUGCGAGAUGGAAUCCAUGGCUUCGAUAUUGAGACCCCCUUAGAAGAGCAGUGGCUGAGCGAUCAUGUGGCCGUACCUGUUAAGGCUUGGUUAGAGUGA